CCCCCGCUUCCUCCUCCGCCUCCUGCGGGUCCGGGCGGGGACGGGGCGCGGGGCUCCGGGACCGCAGCCUUAGUCGCAGCAUCGUGACUUUUCCAUCAUGUCAGAACCCAUCACGCUCAAUGUUGGAGGAAAACUUUAUACCACCUCUCUGUCCACCUUGACUAGCUUUCCAGACUCCAUGCUGGGGGCCAUGUUUAGUGGGAAGAUGCCAACCAAGAAGGACAGCCAAGGCAACUGCUUUAUUGACAGAGAUGGAAAAAUCUUCCGCUAUAUCCUGAACUUCUUGAGAACUUCUCACUUGGAUCUCCCCGAAGACUUUCAGGAAAUGGGUUUACUUCGACGGGAGGCAGAUUUCUAUCAAAUUCAGCCUCUGAUUGAAGCCUUGCAGGAGAAGGAGGUGGAGCUUUCUAAAGCAGAGAAGAAUGCCAUGCUCAACAUCAGCCUCGAUCAGAAGACCCAGACUGUUCACUUCACCGUUCGAGAAGCACCCCAGAUUUACAGCCUGUCUUCCUCCAACAUGGAAGUGUUCAGUGCUCAUAUCUUCUCCACUUCGUGUUUGUUCCUGAAGCUUCUUGGUUCCAAACUUUAUUAUUGCUUCAACGGAAACCUCUCUUCAAUAUCCAGCUACCUGCAGGACCCCAACCAUUUGACCUUAGAUUGGGUUGCAAGUGUGGAAGGUCUUCCCGAAGAGGAGUACACGAAGCAGAACUUAAAGAGACUCUGGGUGGUGCCAGAUAAUAAGCAAAUCAAUAGUUUCCAGGUAUUUGUGGAAGAAAUGCUAAAAAUAGCUGUCAGUGAUGGUUUCUGCAUAGAUUCUUCUCAUCCACAUACUUCAGAUUUCAUGAAUAAUAAGAUUAUUCGCCUAAUUCGAUACAAGUAGGAAUGUUUUUUUCUUACGAUGCCAUCAUGGAGAUAACACAGGUUAAGUGUUUCCCUUUAAAACACACACUUACAGCCUAAUUCAGAAUCAUGCUUACCUGGAUUAAGAGUCACUAACAGGGAGAUGAUUUUCCUUUAAUGUAUUUACCAAUACAGUCUUUCAGAAUAUGUCUAUAUUCUAAAUAGAAGGAAUAUUGUCUAGCACCUGAAUUAAGGAUUGGUUCUGUCUCAGCCUCCACCUCUAACCUGCCAUACAAAUGUGGGGAAAAUCACUUAUCUUCUUACUACAUUUUCCAGAUGAAAAAUGGGAAUGAUCCUUAACCUGUAAUGUAGGGAAUGCUCAGUUAUCAGGGUUUGGAAAGUGUCUGGAGAUCAGAUGUGGCGAAGGAAGCCCGGAGACAUAGUGAGAUCAGCUGUACAGAAGGAAGCCACAGAGUCACAGUGCAGCAGAAGACAGUUCAGAAAGGCACGUUUUCCUUGUCUUUGCCAUGUAACCUGAGCAGAGGACCCAAGAAGCUUGUUUCAAUUCGUGGAGAAGCCGCCUUUCCACAUGGACACGUUGAAUCUAGAUGUAAAGGAAGGUGCACAUUGCCAGUGAGUAGAGGAUCCUGUCUGUUCUGUCGCCAUCUGAAGAUGACUUAGUUUUUUUUUCCUGAACUGUGUGAGGAAACCACUGCUGUGUUCUGCUUUCAGGGAAGCCAUGGUUGAAUGAUGUGACUGACUCUGGGAACAACCAAGAAAGCCGUAACAGAGAGAAAGAUGUCUUUACAAACUGACAAGAUUGUGUCUGUUGGAGAACCUUGCUUUGGAUGCUCUUACACCUUGACAUUUUCAUUCCGAAGGCAUCCAAGACAACUAUUCCUUUUCUUUCUCUUACAAUGCUGUAUUUGUCUCGAGGAUGCUCCCAGAAACACUCUCUGAGGUGAUGACAGCUUUAGAGGGAAGACGUCCCCAAAUAUCAUCUGAAUGGUUGGGUUUCUUCUGACUGGACAUGACCUUCCCUUGGGAGGUCUCCCUUCAGCAGUGUCUGGAGCUUAUGGGAUGGCUUUUGGGUAGGAUGGAUUCCAUCUGAAAGGACUACUUUUCCAUCAUCGUCUCUACUACUUUUAAUUACAAAACUAGAGGCUCAGUUUUUCUACCUCUAUACACUGAGCCAUUUUUUUAUACCACUGUGAAAUGUCAGACUGCUAAAGGCACCAUUUUACCUUCUUGCUUGGCUUUAGUGUCCAGUUGUCAGAGAGAUAAGGCAGUGGGAAACAAAGGGUGAUGACAGUGGUCAAGCCCUUUCCUAAAAGCCUGAUCCUUGCUAUGAUGAAGAUCACAGUCCCCUAGCUGCAUGUUAGCUCUAGAUGCCACUUUUGCCACGUUCAAGGUGGUUCAUUCUUCAGCUGACUAUUUUUAAGAGUAUCUUAGCUGUCUUUCCCUAGUCAGAUCUCUAUGCAUGCAUGAGAGACCCUCCAGAACUUUUCCCAUUCCCUCACGUGAGAUACAAGGGAAACUGCAAUAACCAACUUUAGUGUUUAUAAUUUUAUUGCUUCUUAGCACAGAGGUACAAAGCUCAAUAUUGGUCUUGUUCUUUCUUUUCCCGGAGCAGCUAGGCUGUUCUUACGUUAAGCUGAUCCAUGAGGAGCAAAAAAAACCUCAUUAAUAUUGUUCUAAAAAAACUGUGAGAUAAAUAUAUUCCCACUGUCCCAAGCUGUAUUGCAUGAAUAACACAAAUCAGCAUGCUGAUGGUAAAAGUGUUCAUUCACUCUGUAGCUACUGGCAGCCUGUUAUAAAUCUCUUUCCCUGUCUGCCUCGGUGCAAGACUCACCAGCAUGAUGGUGGAAAUGAGACCAUGUUGUUAGGCCGUACUGACUGGGACUGAAGUCCAAAGAACCAUUAAGCCUCGCCACUUCUUGUGAAUUUUGAGGAUUAGAAGCAGAAUGCUGUGGCCAAAUUUCAACUUUCAACUUUUCUGCCUUCAGUUGCAUUAGGAAGAACUCUCUUUUUCCUGUUCCUGUCCUGAAUUAUGAAGCAGGAGUAACAUACUCCAGAAGAUGCAGCGUGCCAUUGACAAAGCAGAGCAACACAGAUGUGAAUCCUGUUUCUGCUGAGAGAUUGCCAGUCAGUUGGACAUUCAUAGUUAUCAUCUAUGCAGAUGCUAUUAUUAUGAUCUGUAAAAUACCAUUCGUGAACUCUCUUUCAUCAAAUCUAUGCCUUCAAACAGAUAUGCCUCUGCUGAACUUAUGAUAAAAGCUUUGGGGAGAUGUCAAUGGUAAUAUUUUUUUUUUAACUCAAGCCUUUGAGAGUAUUUUUUAAAUGAUUUGUAACAGCAGUUUUUGAAUGUCAGGACUAAAUGAAUAAUAAUCUGUAAUAAUUA